AUGUCGACACAGUCAAGGAGACCGCGGCGACGUCCUGCGGCCGAAGAGCCCGAGGAAGAAGCACCCCGGAGACCGCGGCUCAACCAUGGCGCAAGCCAGCGGAGACCAGCGGAUGAGGAAGACGAGGACGAAGACAUGGAAGGAGGGACAGCAGCCGGAAACGCUGAUGAAGACGACGAAGACGAAGAGGAUGACGCGCCUCAGACGCAAGCCGACCGACAAGAACUCUACACAAAUAUCCUUGCCAAGAAGCUGAUCCGCUAUGCGCUGAGUUGUGAGCCUCGUCGGCUGCCUAUACGAAGACAGGCUAUCAAGGAACAGGUCCUGGAGAACCAGGGAAAGAACUUUAGAAAGGCGUUUCCCAUUGCGCAAGAGCAGCUGCGAGCUAUAUUCGGCAUGGAAAUGGUCGAAUGGCCGUCGCGUGACGAGUCGACGAUGAGCUUGCGAGAGCGGAGAAAGGCCCUCAAGACACAGAAGCCCACCACUGCUACGGGCGCUGCUACCCGUGCCGACCGCUAUGUGCUCGUGUCGACUCUUCCGGAUGCCUAUCGCGCCAGCGUCUUCACCGCCCUCCCGACAGCUGCCUUGCCGCCAGCCCCAGACUCAGCCUAUAUCGGGUUUGUCACCAUGGUCGUCUCCCUGGUCACCUUGAGCGGCGGUGCUCUCGCCCAGACCGAGCUGGAAAAGUACCUCACGAUGCUGUACGGCGCACGGCAUGGACCCGUGCGGGCUGAUGCAGAGCUGCUGUCCGUGGCCUCUGCGUUGGGAGACUACAUUGACGAUGACGACGGGGGCACCGGCGCCAGCCACGGCAUCGACGCCUCCCAGCACCACGACACUGACGGCACGGCCACACAAGGCGGCACGCUGCAGUAUCUCGUGCGCCAUGGCUAUCUUGUGCGCGUUGUGGAAGCAUCGGCGGUCGAUGGACGGGGGUCGGGCGGUGGCCGGUCCGGAGGGCCUGGCAUGUCGGACGGCGCCAAGGUCACCUGGCAUGUUGGACCGCGUGGUCGACUCGAGAUCGGCCCGGCCGAAGUGGCGGCUGUUGUGCGGCACAUGUACGGACCGGCUGCGGGCGACGACUUGGAACGCAGACUGAAGACAAGCUUGCACGUCACGAAUAAGGAUCCGGCUGCACCAACGGACGGUGGCAACGAUGGGAGGGAGGCCGGAGCGAUGCAAGAAGGUUGA